UCCUUUACCCCAUCUCUCGUUCGCUUAAUUAGCUCAGACUCCUGUUUCUUUAUUUGUAGAGUUUCCAGUUCUUGUUUGAUCAAAGUCCUGAAGUGGUUUUGAUGUAGUUUUUAGCACUUUUUGUCCUCCUUACACAUCAUUACAUGAGGCUUAUUUCGAUUUUGUUUCUCUUUCAUUAGAUUUUGGUUCUAUACUGUUUGUUUGCUUGCCUUUGGACAGGGGAAAGAAUUCGCAAUCUACCCAAGAUCUGGAAAAAUAAAGAAAAAGGGUGGAAGAUUUGUUUGCCAAGACGCAUUGCCCACAUGGUUUGGAGCUUUACAACUGCGGAUACCUUUCCCCACAUUGCUGUCUUGUAAAACCCUAACCCCAGGUCCUUUUGUUGUCUCCCUCCUCCUUGCUUGCUGCAUUGAGCCUGGAGUGCAGGUUUCUGACGGAAAGAUCGGAUUUGGAUGCUGGGAUUGAGCAAAGUUGUGAUUUUGGGGUCUCUGUUGUGGAUGGUUUAAGGGUCCUGUGAGGAUUUUAGGAGUUUUCCGCUGCUGAGGUUGGUCGGUGCUUGCUGAAAGAGGGAAAGAAUGCCUCCAAGCUUGAAUCUUUCUCAAUGGUGGGCGAAGGAGGCGUGCAGAGGCACUCCUGUGGUGGUGACGGUGGAGAACCCCAGCUACUCAGUAGUCGAGAUUGAUGGCCCUGAGGUUGCUGCCUUCCAGUCCAUGGACAAGGGCCGGGGGAAGAAUGCAAAGCAGUUCACCUGGGUCAUGCUCCUCAAGGCCCACCGAGUUGUCGGAUGUGUCGCUUGGUUGGCAGCUGGGCUCUGGGCACUCCUUGGAGCCAUCAAGAAGCGAUUGAUCUCUCGCCGGGGAGUUGCGGUGGAAAGCGAUAAGCUCGGCAAGGGCAAGCUGCUGUUCAGGUUCCUUAGGGGAUUCUUAGUGCUGUCAUUGGUGAUGCUCGUGUUCGAGAUGAUUGCCUAUUGGAAUGGCUGGCACUUUCAGAAGCCUAAUUUGCACAUACCUGAGAAUUUGCACAUACCGGAGACCACCGAGAUCCGGGGUUGGAUACAUUCUGCCUAUCUCUCAUGGCUUUCUUUCAGAGCUGACCACAUUACCUACCCAAUUCAGGCCUUGUCAAACUUCUGUAUCAUUCUGUUCAUUAUACAGUCAGCCGAUAGAAUGAUCUUGUGCCUUGGGUGCUUCUGGAUCAAGUUCAAGAAGAUCAAACCUAGGAUAGAAGGUGAUCCCUUCAAUUCUGAUGAAGAGGAGGGUUCGAAAUAUGAGUACCCUAUGGUUUUAAUCCAGAUUCCAAUGUGCAAUGAGAGGGAGGUGUAUGAGCAAUCCAUUUCAGCUGUCUGCCAUAUUGAUUGGCCCAAAGACCGUUUAUUAGUUCAAGUUCUGGAUGACUCAGAUGAUGAGACCAUUAAAAUCUUAAUCAAAGCAGAGGUGUCCAAGUGGAGCCAACGUGGUGUCAACAUUGUCUAUCGGCAUCGCUUGGUCCGAACUGGUUACAAGGCAGGGAAUCUCAAGUCUGCCAUGAGCUGUGAAUAUGUUAAGGAUUAUGAAUUUGUUGCUAUAUUUGAUGCCGACUUCCAGCCUAACCCCGACUUUCUUAAACGAACAAUUCCACAUUUUAAGGGAAAUCCCGAACUUGGGUUAGUUCAGGCACGUUGGAGUUUCGUAAAUAAGGAUGAAAACCUGUUAACCCGUCUCCAAAACAUCAACCUCUGCUUUCACUUUGAAGUGGAACAGCAGGUAAAUGGUGUUUUCUUAAACUUCUUCGGUUUUAAUGGUACUGCUGGUGUUUGGAGAAUCAAAGCAUUAGAGAACUCCGGGGGUUGGCUUGAGAGAACAACUGUGGAGGAUAUGGAUAUUGCAGUUCGUGCCCACCUCAGUGGUUGGAAAUUCAUCUUUCUUAAUGAUGUCAAGGUGCCAUGUGAACUUCCUGAGUCUUAUGAGGCUUACAGGAAACAACAACACCGAUGGCAUUCUGGUCCAAUGCACCUAUUCCGAUUGUGUCUUCCAGCAAUUAUAACUUCCAAGAUAUCCAUAUGGAAGAAGGCGAACUUAAUACUCCUUUUUUUCCUCCUGAGGAAGCUAAUCCUUCCAUUCUAUUCAUUCACAUUGUUUUGUGUAAUUCUCCCUCUAACAAUGUUUGUGCCCGAGGCUGAGUUACCUGUCUGGGUGAUCUGUUAUGUGCCUGUCCUAAUGUCCUUUCUCAACAUUCUGCCGGCUCCAAGAUCCUUCCCCUUCAUUGUUCCAUACCUUCUCUUCGAGAACACCAUGUCAGUAACCAAGUUUAAUGCUAUGGUCUCUGGAUUAUUCAAACUGGGAAGUUCGUAUGAGUGGGUUGUUACUAAAAAGGCAGGUAGGUCAUCAGAGUCUGAUCUAUUAGCAGCUGCAGAAAUGGAAUCAAAGCCUGUGAACGACCCAGAGCUUCUUAGAGGGGUUUCAGAGAGCGAACUCAUGGAGCUGAACAAGUUGAAGGAACAAGAAAAAGAACCUCUCCCUCCUGUCAAAAAGGCCAAUAAAAUCUAUAAGAAGGAGUUGGCUCUUGCUCUUUUACUCCUCACAGGUGCAGCCAGAAGUCUUCUAUCUGCCCAAGGAAUUCACUUCUACUUCCUCCUCUUCCAAGGGUUGUCAUUUCUUCUUGUGGGACUCGAUCUGAUUGGGGAGCAGAUGAGCUAAUGAUUGAAGAGAAGAGAUGGCGCAUAUCCGAAUUAUCUUUGGUCAUCCAAGCUUCCUUUCCAUGGAGAACACCUUGGUGAAUUUGUUUAAUCAAGAUAUUCCCUAUCGAAUUCUUGUUCUUCACCGUUGCAAGAGGCGAGGGUGGAUAGCAGCUUCUACGCAAUAAGAACUUUAUCGUUUCAAAAUCUGGAUAGGAUUUUUAUUUUCUUUUUCUCCCUUGUGAAGUCUUUCUGUUACACAGACAUUCUUCUCUUAAAUUUGAUGUUGUUAUAGAUAGAACCUGUCCCUUUUAUUCUUGUUUGAGUGCAGCUUGCUGUUGAGAUGCAGCACGCAUGUACUUGUAAACAAUAGAGCGAAAAUGUUGGACUCUAUUAUUUACUUCUGAAAGGUGAGGGAGUUGGGCUCUGGUUUUCCAGUCCAAUUAUACUUGUGUAAUGAUCUGUAUAGUUGAAUGAAUUCAGUUUACUCUAAAGCACUUCUUGUGCUUUUACUU